AGAAAUCGACGAAUAAAUGCAAUGAUAGAGAAAUUGCGGAUCAAAUGUGAUUACGAGUGGAACGGAUGUCCAGAAGUGUGUCCAUUGGAGUCGUUGUCCACUCAUCUCAAGACAUGUCAAUACAGAUUGUGUUUAACAUGUGAUCUAACAGUGGGUCCGACAAGUGAUGACCACAACUGUAUUGAAGGCCUAAAGAGAAACCGAAAUGAAUGGCAAAUCAGAAGUAAUUCAUUGAAACAAAGAGUAAAAACAUUGAAAACAAAACUCAAAGAAUCUGAAGAAAAGGCAAUAAAUUUUGAGACGAAAUUCAAAGAAAAGGAUAUUUUACACAAAAUAUUGAAAGAAAGAGCGAAUGAAUUGGAAAUAAAUGCCAAAGAUUUUGAGAGAAAGUCCAUUGCAUCUGAUGUUAAACUGAAGGAAUCGGAAGAAAAGUCACUGAAUUUGGAGACGAAAUGCAGACAAAUAGAGAAUUCACACAAAGAAUUGCUGAACAAAUACAAAGCGUUGAAGACAUCGACUAAAAGUGCCAAAAAUGAUAGCGAAGUGUUUCGACACAAAUUGAUCGCCAAUUGUGUACAGUUUGGCAAAUGUAGUGUUAGUGUCGGGUCUAUUGAAUUCACUGAAUAUGGCAUUAGUUUACACCACGUGUCAAACGGCACUCUAACUGAGAAACCAAAUGUUGUUAUAUUAAACUACGAGAUCCAGUGUCUGUACGCCUGUAUCGACCCCUCACUGCCAAUGCUGUGCAUUAAGCCAUACAAAGGUUGUCCCCCUUAUGUCGACCAUAAGUCCGAUUUAUUUGGUUUUGGAUUUGAUGUCAAUUCAAAAGAUCCGAGCGAACAGUUUAUUAUCAUUGAAUUGGACGAAACAAUUGAUGAGACGUUUGUUAAUCCAUUGGUUGCGGACGUGGGCACCGGUGCGACCGUUGGUGUCGUUGACGACUCUGCCGCUGACGGCACCGGCGAUGGGGUGGCAGUAGUGGUCGUGGGCUCAACACAACCAAAGAGAUCGCCGAUAAGACCCGACUUUAAU